CUACAACACAGAAUCAAGCAGUCGUCGAUGGAGCACAGAGAGGGUCCGUGCAGGCCAUGCCAAGCCAUGCAAGUGUCCCCUGUUUGUGGCUCAGAUGGACACACAUACACCUCCCAGUGUAAGCUGGAGCUGCAGGUAUGUCUGACUGGGAAACAGCUCAGCCAGCAGUGCAAAGGCAAGUGUCCAUGCCCCACCGGACACACUUCCACCUCUGAUCCAGGCAACAAACCAGAUGGGUGCACAGGCCAGGACCUCGCAGAUCUUGGUGAUCGACUCAGGGACUGGUUCCAACUCCUGCACGAAAACGCCAAGCAAAACACCUCGGGCAGGUCAACGGACAGUGUGUUGGACAAGGGUCUGGUGGCAAGCUGCAGGGAUUCCAUUGGCUGGAUGUUCUCCAAGCUGGAUACGGAUGUGGACAUGUUUCUGGACGAGACCGAGCUUUCUGCCAUCAACCUCGACAAGUACGAGGUCUGCGUGAGGCCAUUCUUCAACUCCUGCGACACCUACCGGGAUGGGCAGGUCUCCAUGGCCGAGUGGUGCUUCUGCUUCUGGAGAGAAAGUACCCCCCCUGCCUUCGUUGAGCUGGAAAAGAUCCAACUGCAAGAGGCAGCACAGAAGGUGCCUGGUACCUUCAUCCCCAGCUGCGAUGAGGAUGGCUACUACAGAAAGCUGCAGUGCAACCCCUACUCUAGCGAGUGUUGGUGCGUGGACCAGCAAGGCAGUGAGGUGACUGGAACCCGCGUCAAAGGAAACCCAGAUUGCGAUGAUGUGAUAAGUUUCUCAGGAGACUUUGGGAGUGGAAUUGGAUGGGAGGACGAGGAAGAGAAAGAUGGAGAGGAGAACGCAGAAGAGACGGAGGAGGAAGAGGGGGAGGUUGGGGAGGCCGAUGAUGGCGGCUACAUCUGGUAGAGAAGCAGCAGACGCACUACCAGCCACUUGGCACAUAUUCCUCACACUCCAUCAGCCACUUUGACCGAUAAAUUAUCUCAUCCCCACACAGUGUACAUGAUCACCAAUGGCAUCCCUGGCACCAGUGAGUACAUCAUUGACUUAUUAACUGCACUAUUACUAUCACACGACCGAUUUAGCACCGUAGCACUGAGAGCAGCAAGAUAACAUCAGUGCACGACCACAGCCCAGAGUAUAGUCCAAGCAUGAGGAGGUAGAGGGUUGAACGAGGGGGCCUCAUCUGUGGAUCAGAAUAGUGAAGUAGGGAUAAGGAACAGCCGUUACAUUAUGAGUGUGCAGUAAACCAUUUGUCCCAUUUGCUUGAGGAUUGAAUGAGGGACCCUCAGCUGACGGAAACAUGAUCAAAGUAGGGGGAACACUGCUUCCUUCUGAGGGAACGUUCAUCGGGGGUACAUUUGCCCCUGUUGCCACUUGCACGUCACUGCAGCCCCUCACCCACAGGACGACACCCGCUACCCCUCACAUUGCCAACUGCAGAGGUUGUUUUUGUUCGUUUGUUUACGCACUAGCAUUUUCGAGGAGGGGAAUUGUUCCCAGUUCCAACUGCGCAGCGUUUCCGCGGGCCACACACCCACGGGGAAACUCCCCAGAACUGUUCCAAGGACAGGUGUUUGGAAAAAAAUUCACAACAAUGAAACCGUGGGAAAAGUCAACAAGCAGGGAACAUUGUGGUGGAAAUUUGUCUUUGGCCGUUCAUGGUGAGGGGAUACACCAGAUGCUGGUGGGACGUGGAGGGGUGGGGGGGGGGGGGGUGGCUGGUGAAAUGAGAUUGUUUGACAUGGACAGGCAGAGACAUAACAUUGCCACUUGUGGGAGAUGCAGGGCUGGCAGGAACCACAGCAGCACUUUGCAAGCCUUGGCACGAACAACAGACACUGGGAAGUGUGGGUGCCCAGGUUGUGUUGGGCUUUGAGUUCCACCAGAUGGUUUAAUGCUCUCAGCACCGUACAGAAAUGCUGAACAGGCAACCAUAAUGUUUUCAUUUUGGGAGUGGCCCUUGUUUCUCUCUGGAGGCUAUUUGAGACCAGGCUUUCAAAAGGUGUGACUGAAAAUAAACUCUUGUUUGAAACAUUAUCCUCAACAGAACACUUUCUCCCUAGACAAACACCGGUUUAAUGUCAGUAAUUCCUGUCUCCAGGACAGGCUGUAUGGACAAGCACAACUGUUGAACAACGCUGGGCUUGCUGAUAUA